CAAGCAGAGGCUGAGGUCUGUCCUAGGGCAGAUGGAUCACCUGAUACAGACGCUGGGGCCUCAGCCCCGGGAUUGGCCUAAAACAGGGCCGUGUUGACCCAACGGCUGGGCCUUGGCAUCCUGUCACUCUGCCAACAGAUCCAGAGCCUAGAAAUAGUGCUGAGGCAGCCGACUAGACUAAAUGUGUAAGAAGUUGCAACCAUGCAGGUACUAACCAAGCGCUACCCCAAGAACUGCCUGCUGACCGUCAUGGACCGGUAUUCGGCGGAGGUGCGCAACAUGGAGCAGGUGGUGAUGAUCCCCAGCCUCCUGAGGGGUGUGCAGCUGAGUGUCCAUGGGGGCCAGGCCCAGGCUGAUGCCCCUGAUCUCUAUGCCUACUUCACUAUGCUCAAGACCAUCCGUGUGGAUGUGGACCAUGGGCUGCUGCCACGGGAGGAGUGGCAGGCCAGGGUGGCAGGCAAUGAAGCUGACGAGGCUGAGAAUGAAGCUGCAGAGACAGAGGAGACUGAGGACGAGAGGGCCUCAGGGGAGCUGGACCUGGAGGCCCAAUUCCACAUGCACUUUUCCAGCCUCCAUCACAUCCUCACCCACCUCAUCCUGAGAGCCCAGGAGGUGACAAGGAAAUAUCAGGAAAUGACGGGACAGUUUGAGUAGGCCUCGGAUUCCAGGGAAGAUCACUUAACACACUAGAAGGCAGACUGUGAUGAGGCCAUGGUGUAGUUCACUAGCCCUGAAGAUGAGACAAGAAAGGCCUAGACCUGCGGCUGGAAGUGAAGGCCACUUGGAUCUCUGCGAUGCUUCUCUACCUCCUUCUGAGCACAAUUUUCUGGACUCCAGUCACUGCCUCACCUUUAAGAUAUAUGUUGCUAUUCACAACUCCUUUUGUUCCUCUUAUCAGCUUGGGGUGGUAGCCAAUGGUUCGUGAGACUAGUUACCUGACCAGUGUGACAGAGCAGAAACAGCACAGGUGUUACGUGACCAAAAUUCAUUCUUCCUGUUGGCGUCGUUCACCCCAUGUGCUCUUGGGCAAGUUAUUUAACCCACUGGAGACUAAAUUCCCUUAUCUAUAAAACUGGGGUAAUGUUAUCUACCUCACAAGCUUAUGAAAAUUAAAUAAGAUGAAUAAACAUGAUGAAUCAAAUG